AGUUUUCUUUCCGACUCCUAUUCCGUUUGCUUCUCUCUCUUCUUUCAUAUUCUUCCUUAUUUUUUUUUUUUUUAGAGGGAGAGAGAGCUUGGACAAACACAGAAACAUUAAAAUUUUCUGUUCAAAAACAUUUUCUGAAGAGGGUCUCUAUCAGUUGCGGGUAGAGUUAGCAGUAGCUAGUUUUUGCGUCACCUAUUUUCCCGCCCAAAUCUUUCCCACCAAUCUAGGUUAAUCCGAUAAUGAGAGACAAUGAGAGUUUCUCAAAACUAACAGCAUAAUUUAUUUUUUUCUUUUAAUUAAUAAUAGGUAAUUAUUUUGUUUUAUUUUAUUUUGUGAAUGUGGGUGUGUGUGUGUGUAGGUGUUUCAUUAGGGUUUUUGGUUUCCUAUUUAAUCCUACAAGGUAUCUGUUCGUCCAUUCCUUGGUCUUUUCCCAUAUCUUUCUACCUCGGGAUCUGAAUCAGACAGAUAGACAACUUGGUCAGUAGUUUGUGGGACUGAACAAACAGUUGGUGUAUCAAUUCCCGAGGUUACCAGUUAUAUAGUAUUAGUAUUAUGACUGCUUUUUGCUUUCCUGUGUUUGUUUCUUGUCUCCUCUAUAUAUAUUAUCGCACUUAGAGUUUUCAGAAGCUCUAAAUUUUUUUUUUUUUUAAAAAAAAGAAACCGAAAAAGAGAGAUUUUGGAGAAAGCUAGCUAUUCAACCAGUUCGGAGACAAAAAAAAAAAGGAAUUUCAGAAGUAUUGAAUCUUGGAUUUCCAGAUCUGUGGUUACAUUUGGAAGAGGUUGCUGGAGAUUUUUUUGCUUCUUUAUAAUCUGUCUCAAGCUCAGAGGAAUAACAAUGAAUACAUUUACACAUGUUCCUCCGGGCUUUCGUUUCCAUCCGACUGAUGAAGAACUUGUUGAUUACUACCUGAGGAAAAAGAUUACUUCAAGAAGAAUCGAUCUCGACGUCAUAAAAGACGUUGACCUCUAUAAAAUUGAGCCAUGGGAUCUUCAAGAAAUAUGCAGAAUAGGAACAGAAGAGCAAAACGAGUGGUACUUUUUUAGCCAUAAAGAUAAGAAAUAUCCAACUGGUACUCGCACGAAUAGGGCCACCGCAGCUGGGUUUUGGAAAGCAACAGGAAGAGACAAGGCUAUUUACUCUAAGCAUGACUUAAUUGGAAUGAGGAAGACCUUAGUCUUUUAUAAAGGCCGAGCACCAAAUGGACAAAAAUCAGACUGGAUUAUGCAUGAAUAUCGGCUUGAAACAGAUGAAAAUGGGAGUGCACAGGCAAAAGGUUGGGUGGUAUGCAGGGUUUUUAAGAAGAGAAUAACAGCUAUGCGAAAAGUGAGUGAACAUGAAUCACCUAUUUGGUACGAUGAACAAGUCUCUUUCAUGCCUGACUUGGAAUCUCCAAAGCAAAACUCCAACCACUCUAAUUUGUCUAGUUACCACAUUCCAUAUCCAUGCAAGAAAGAGCUCGAUUUGCCCUACCAAGUUCCUCAUCACGAGCAUUUCCUUCAGCUUCCACUUCUAGAGAGCCCGAAACUUCUUCAAUCGACCCCCACAGCAGCCAUGGCGUCGAAUUCCAUCGCUGCAUAUACUCUGGACAUUAACCAUGCAGCCACUUUGCAAUCCUCAUCUCUCGCACAUGAACAAAACUUCCGAGGAGCAGUUUAUGGGAAUAGCAGUGUGGUGGAUCAGCUUACGGAUUGGCGGGUUCUGGAUAAGUUUGUCGCUUCACAACUAAGCCAAGGAGAGGUUUCGAAAGAGAAUGGCUACUCAAAUGCUCCAAACAAUAUGUUUCAUGGACCAGGCAACACGAAUGUAGUUGUUAGACAUUUGGAGAAGCAAGAAAUGGUACCGGAACAUGCCUCGAUUUCAAGCUCUAGUUGCCAAAUUGAACUGUGGAAGUGACAGUACAUUAUGAUCUAAACUCUAUUCUACUAAUAUAGUAAAUAUACUGAUCAUAGGAACUUAUAAUGUUGAAAAAAAUUAAGGAAAAAAGAGAAGUCAUUAUUCUCCAAAUUCCUGUACAUAAUAAGAGUAAGACUAGAACAAUAUAACUUUAACUGUUGAGUUCUGGCUCUUUUAGUAGUAAGUUAUACGACCAGUCUAGACCAGCUUAAGGUUUGUGUGUGUGUAUCUCUCUCUUGUAAGAUGGAUAUAUUGUGUUUAGGGGAACUACGGAGUUAAGAUUGUUUGCAUGUGAUAUGGGCUUUAUUAUGUGGCCUACCUUUCAUUGAAAUAUGUUUGUAUGUCAAAUUAAUAAUAUAAUAUUAGAAUAAGAAUUUUUGUUCUGUA